AUGAAGGAGAAAUGUGAAGCCUAUGAUGUGAUACUGAAGCAAAGUCUUGUGCCUGAUGGGCAGCCUCUUGCUAUUAAAUGUUCACCGGAAAAGAGCUUGAAGAGUGGAGACUACAACUUAACAUGGUAUAAAGUUGGUAACCAGACAGCUGUGCCUAGAGACAAACUUUCUAGAAUUCAUCAGCAGAAGAAUUUAAUUUGGUUUCUUCCUGCAAUGUUAGAAGAUUCUGGAGAUUAUGAAUGUGUCAUAAGUUGCAGGAACUUGACAAGCUGCAAGAAAAUGUGUACAAAAGUAACAGUUUUUCAGAGGAUUGAUGGUUUAUGCUUAAAUGAAAAAUUUGCUGUAGAGGAGGUGAUAUUCACAUUAUCAUCUGGAAAGGUGGUGUGUCCACACUUGAGUUAUUUCAGGAAUGAGCAGAAUAUUCAUCCUGUUCGUUGGUAUAAGGACUGCCAGCUGCUGGAAGGGAAAAGGUUUGCCUUCUCAAACAGUGAUCUUAUCAUUUUCAAUGUGACUGUACAUGAUCGAGGAAACUAUACGUGCGAGACAACCUAUACCUACAGUGGAAAACAAUAUAACAUUUCACGAGACAUCAGUCUGACUGUAGAAGUGAGCCCACCAAAAAAGCCUCCAGAAAUAUCUUAUCCAAGAAACAACUCCAUUGAAGUGGAACUUGGCUCACAGGUUACAGUGGAUUGCAAUACCACAGGUGCUGAUGGGUAUGAUGUGUUUUGGACAGGCAACGGUGUGUAUAUUGACGUAUUUUAUAUGAGCAGAAUUUUUGCAAGUCCCUGUGAGGAGGAAACUUCUUACGAUGGACGCCCUGUGCAUUGUGUGAAGCUCAUAAUUUUGGAAGUGAAUAGUGAAGAUUAUGAACAACCGUUUGUCUGUCAGGCUUCAAAUGCCUUUGGCCAUGUUGCAUCCUAUAUAAUAUUAAAACGCAGAGCUCCUGAUACACAAAGAUGGCUGACUGGAGGGCUUGUCUCUUUGUUAAUUUUAACAUUUAUUGCUUUAACAAUCUACAAGAUUUUCAAGAUUGACUUGGUGCUUUGGUACCGUAAUUCUGCCUGUGCCGGUGCAAGUAAGGAAG